UCCUGCAGCUCGAAGCCCCACAUGUCCACAGAAACAUCCACAUGUUGUACGAGCAGGUAUUUUGCGGGUUUACGUUGAGGAAUCGAGCGUAUCGACGGCUGGAGAAUACUGCGGAACGAUUCUCACCGCAAACCAAGAACCUCGUUUGGGCCGCGCACAGUUUCUCCCCGGAGCCAUAACACGGUGACACACCACACUCAGAAGAGGGAAGAAAUGGCAGGAUCGAAAUCGGCUCUGGUGCUGUGCAUGGACGUGGGCUUCUCCACGUCCAACUCUGCCCCGGGUGAAGCGCCUCCCUUUGAACUGGCCAAAAAAAUUGUCCAGAAGUUUGUCCAGCGUCAGGUUUUUGCUGAGACUAAGGAUGAAGUGGCUUUAGUCCUGUUUGGCACAGAUUCCACCCAAAACCCUCUGCACCAGGACGACCAGUACCAGCACAUCACCAUCUACCGCCACCUCAUGGUAGCCGGUUUUGAACUACUGGAGGAAAUUGAGAAACAGGUCAUUCCAGAGAGUCAGCAUGCGGAUUGGCUUGAUGCUCUUGUUGUCUGCAUGGAUCUCCUUCAGACAGAAACUGAUGGGAAGAAGUUUGAUCGUCUCAACAUCGUCUUCCUGACUGACCUCAACUCCCCAGCCAGUGCAGACAACGUGGAUGCAAUUAUAGAAAAUCUGAAAAAAGCUGGCAUCACUUUACAGUUCUUUCUGCCUUUCCCUGUGAAGGACCAUGACAAGGAGGGAGGUGGAGGAGUGGAUGAGGACAGCCCAGGUACUGGCAAAGGUCUGUCCAGGGAACAGAAGAAUAGCCUUGACAUAAUGAAACACAUCAUGUUGAAUCUGGAUGAAGAUGAGGGCCUGGAGGAAGUUUAUACAUUCAGGAAUGCAAUCGAGCAGCUGUCUAUGUUCAAGCGUAUCGAGAGGAGACCAAUGGCCUGGCCCUGUCAGCUGACAAUCGGCAGCUCCCUGUCGAUCCGUAUUGUAGGAUACAAAGCAGUGACAGAAGAGAAGCUGAAGAAGAUAUGGUUUACAGUUGAUGCUCAAACCAACCAGAAAGAUGACGUGAAGCGAGAGACUGUCUACUGUCUGGAUGAUGACAACGAGACUGAGGUGCAAAAGGAUGACACCAUUCAAGGUUUUCGUUAUGGAAGUGACAUUGUUCCCUUCUCCAAAGUGGAUCAAGACCAGAUGAAGUACAAGCAUGAUGGGAAAUGCUUUGCUGUUCUAGGCUUCGCCAAGCAGAGCAUGGUACGUCAUCAUCAGUUCAUGGGAAAUCAGGUCCUCAAGAUUUUUGCUGGCAGGGAUGAUGAGCAUGCGGGAGUGGCGCUGUCGGCCGUCAUCCGGGCGCUGGAUGAACUCAAAAUGGUGGCCAUUGUGCGUUAUGCCUAUGACCGUCGCUGCAACCCUCAAAUCGGGGCAGCGUUCCCUUAUAUUAAGCAGGACUAUCAGUGUCUGAUGUACUUCCAGAUGCCCUUCGCAGAAGACCUCAGACAGUUUACAUUCCCUUCACUUGAAAACAACAAAAAGUUCACACCGUCAGACACUCAGCUGUCGGCUGUGGACUCUCUCAUUGACUCCAUGAUGUUGGUUGAGGAGGACGAGAAUGGAGAGAAAAAGGACCUGUUCAAGCCCCACCACAUUCCCAACCCUGCAUUCCAGAGGCACUUCCAGUGCCUGCAUCACCGAGGAGUAAGCCCUGGUACCCCUCUUCCUCCAAUAGAGCCGUGGUUGAAGGCUGCUCUCGAGCUCCCUGAGGUCAUCAGCGAACGCUGCCAAGUUCCACUGGAGGAGAUGAAGAAGAAGUUUCCUCUCACAGAAGUGGAGAAGAAAAAGAAGCUGAAGACAAGUGCUCAGAUUUUUGGCAAAGAUGCAGACGAGCUGGACGCCAAGAAAGUGAAAGGAGACGAAGAAGAGGAGGAGGAGUAUAAUCUGGCGGACAUUGCUGAAGGCUCUGUUACUUCUGUGGGAAGUGUUGAUCCAGCCCGAGACUUCUGCACUCUGAUCAAGAAGAAGAGUCUUCCAUUCGGAGAGGUCUGUCAACAACUGACUCACAGGAUAGAGCAGUUGCUUAGCAACAAGAACACACAAUACUACAUGAAAAGCAUAUCCUGUAUCCAGGCUUUUAGAGAGCAGUCUGUUAAGCUUGGAAAUGCUGAUCUGUACAAUAGCUACCUCCAAUCCUUAAAAAGGAGCAUCCCAAACAGAGGGCUCGAGGUCUUCUGGGACCUGCUUGUUCAAGAUGCCUUAACUCUGAUCAGCAAGGACGAGGUUGAAGGAAGCACUGUGUCCAAAAGCGAGGCGAAUCAGUUUCUGGUUGCAGAGGAAAAGAAAGAGGAGACGGCUGCACCACCAGCUGAAGACGCAGGAGAUGUUGAUGACUUGCUGGACAUGAUGUAAGACGCAAUGGGAGAGACUGCAGCGGACAUGCAGGAAGAAAUGAGAAGAAUGCGAUCUUUCAUCCCGACCAGCCCAAACCAGUUAAGCCGUCCAUUGUUCUGCCUCCCACUUGAUGAUACUUUGCAACUGCUGAUGUUGAGUAUCUGCAUGCAAUGCUGCAAAGAAGAGGAUUUGACAGAACUAAAGUUUACACUAGUACUAUAAUAAAAGGCUACUCUUGUCUUUACAAUUUACAAAAACCAUGGUGAGGGUUUGGAUAUGUUUAGUCUGAAAUGUCAGCCUCUGUCAAGUUAAUGAAUGUCUUGUAAUUCCUUUGUAAUACGCAAUAAUAUUGGAUACAGUGAGUGCUUUAAAUGUCAAGAUUUAUGUGCAUUAGGAAACUUGAUGACGUUACAGAAGUCAUCACUUCUUCUGACAGCAUCCAACAAACUUUUUUAUUUGGAUUAUUUAGUUUAUCUUUGAUCAGUAAAGUUUAACCUUUGAAAAAUG